GUCCGAGUCCAGAUCUUCAUCUUAGCACCAUGGAGGCGCGUCUGCCGAAGUGUCGACGGGGAGAUUGUCCUUCUCACAUAAAUCAGGCAACCCCGAUGUAUCCUCCGAACUUCCUCCCUUCUGUUGUUCUUUACUCGCUCACAAUUCUCAAUUCCGUUUGCGGCAAUACACGAGUCCGACGGACUCGGGAAUAUUCGCAGAAGCCACUAGAAUUCACCAUCCUCGCAUAUAUAAUCACACUCGGAUAGACGUCACUGCAUCGUCUUUAUCGUAUGGCGACAAUGGCCACCGCUGACCUCGAAAGAACGCCUUCAGCCAGCUCGCAAGAGUCGGACGUCGUCGUUCUCGAAUGGGAGGGAUCCGAUGACCCGGGGGACCCCCUCAACUGGCCCCUUCAUCGAAAAUGGAUUGUCACAGCGAUUCCCUUGUUUACGACGUUCACAACACUCAUGAAUGGAACCAUCAUUACCGUCGCCCACGAACAAAUCAACGAGGAGUUCGGGAUCAGCGAUGCAAGCUUCCCGCACUCGUACUGGCCCGUCACAUCAUGGACUAUCGGCGGUGCAUUCUUCUCUCUCCUUGUUCUCCCAGUCAUGGAGGACUUUGGCAUCCGGCGCUGCUUUCUGGGCACGUACCUAAUCUUCCUCUGCUUCAUUAUUCCGCAGGGGCUGGCCCAGAACUUCGCUACUCUGGUCAUCACCCGAUUCUUCUGCGGCGGUUGCGUGAUGAUCCUCGCCAACACCGUCGCCUCGGUAAUCGGUAAUGUCUGGAGAGACGAGCGCGAGCGCAACAUGCCCGUGAGCCUGUAUAUCCUCGCUUACCUCUCCGGAAGUAGUAUCGGUCCCGUGAUCGGCGCCGCGAUCCUCCAAUACCUGUCUUGGCGCUGGAUCUCCUACCUCCAGCUGAUCUGGUUCGGCGCUCUCUUUCCGAUUUAUUACUUCCUGUUCCGAGAGUCCCGAGGCGCCGUGAUUCUCACCCAACGCGCGCGCCACCUCCGCGCCAAGGGUCAGAACGUGUACGCACGCGAGGAAUUAAACAAACAACCCAGCCACCAAAUGCUCCUGGCCAGCAUCAAGCGGCCUCUGCAGCUGCUGUGUACCGAGUCGGUAAUUUUCGUCUCGACGCUGUGGUCCGCCUUCACUGUCGGGACGCUCUACCUCUUCACCCAGACCGUGGAACAGGUUUUCAGCGGAUUAUACGGCUGGAACGCUGUGCAGGCCGGCUAUGUUCAGGCCGCGAUCGUGGUUGGCCAAUGUCUCGGCUGGACCACGUGCUUUUACUCCGCGAAACUGUACUUUGACUCCGCGCGUCGCAACACGGAGAUCCCCGGCGCCCCCAUCCCCGAGGCGCGCCUGUACACGGCCGUGGCGGGCGGCAUCCUGGGCAUUGCGGGCGGGAUGUUCACAUAUGCCUGGACCUCGUACCCGAAUAUCCCGUGGGUUGCGCCAGCGGUAGGGCUGGCCAUGGUCGGGGCCGGGAGUGUGACGGUCGUGUGCGGCAUUGCGGACUAUGUGGUCGAUGCGUACAGUUACUGGGCCGGGAGUGCAGUCGCCACCGUGGCGUUGGGCGAGAAUGUCUUCUCCGCCUUCCUGCCACUCGCGGCACAGAGCAUGUACAAUACCUUGCAUUUUCAGUGGGCGAGUACUUUGCUGGCCUUGAUCUCGCUGGCUUUGGCCUUUGCGCCGGUCUUGGUGCUGAUCUGGGGGAAGGAGAUUCGGGCGCGGAGUCCGUUCAUGAGGCAGUCGAUGCUGGAGAAACGGCAGGAGAUUGAAGCCUUGCCUUCCUCGACGGAGAAGGAAGGAGCCGGUGAUGGGAACGUGCGUGUAUAGACUGUGAAAUUUUGAUGAUUGAUGCCUUAGAUGUACAAUACUUUGCCG